AUGUUACAGUUUGUGAGCCCAGACAGGAUCAGGGGGGAGGAGGAGGGAGGAGGGGGGAGUAGGGAGGAGGAGGAAGGGAGUGUGCGGGGGGGAGGGAGUAGGAGGGAGGGAGUGUGUGUGGGGGGAGGAAGGAGGAGAGAGGGAGGAGGGAGAGUGUGUUUGGGGGAGGAGGGGGAGAGAGGGAGGAGGGGGAGUGUGUUUGGGGGAGGAGGGAGAGUAUGUUUGAGGGAGAGAGGGAGGGGGAGAGUGUGUUUGGGGGAGGAGGGAGGAGGAGAGGGAGGAGGGAGAGUGUGUUUGGGGGAGGAGGGAGGAGAGAGGGAGGAGGGAGAGUGUGUUUGGGGGAGGAGGGGGGAGAGAGGGAGGAGGGAGAGUGUGUUUGGGGGAGGAGGGGGGAGAGAGGGAGGAGGGAGAGUGUGUUUGGGGGAGGAGGGGGGAGAGAGGGAGGAGGGAGAGAGGGAGGAGGGAGAUAGGGAGGAGGGAGAGAGGGAGGGGGAAAGUGUGUUUGGGGGAGAGAGGGGGGAGAGAGGGAGGAGGGGGAAGAGAGAGAGGAGGGAGAGUGUGUUUGGGGGAGGAGGGGGAGAGAGGGAGGAGGAGUGUGUUUGGGGGAGGAGGGGGGAGAGAGGGAGGAGGGAGAGUGUGUUUGGGGGAGGAGGGGGAGAGAGGGAGGAGGAGUGUGUUUGGGGGAUGCCUAAAUAUGGGCAUCAGCAGAAAAGGCUCCAUUCCUCACAUUCCUGUUGA